AUGUUGCAUGAAGCAAAGGAGAGGCAGAAGUUCAUCAGUGAUGUGCAGUAUCUGCGGGACAUGCAGCAUAAGGUGGACUCUGAGUAUCAGGCUUGUCUGAGACGACAGGAACAUAAAAGAGACCCAACUGAGAAGAAGCGAGACCAAUUUUGGGGACAAGAGACAAGUUUUGAGAGAUCCCGGUUUUCAAGCGGGUCAUCUUCGAGGCAGAGUUCUGGUGAGGAGGACCUUCAUGCCGAACAAAGAUUAUCUGCCAAGACUUCCUCGGUUAAAUGUGAUUCCAAACUUCCAGCAAUUGAUCAAACAUCAGUCAAACAGAAACAUAAAAGCACCAUGACGCCAAAGAAACCAGAGAAAACAGGCCCCAGCAAACCCUCUCCAGCAGCCCAGGCAUCACAGAUUGUAUCAAGGAAGAGGAGGCCAAACCUGGGGAGACUGACAGUCAGCCCAGAAACGCAGAGCCCGGGAGUGUCUGGGACUCGAAGCAGACAGAAAUCGCAACUCCCGGCGAAGGCGCUGGUUCUCAGGGGAGCAGAUCUCAUAGUUCAACAAGAAGGCCCAGGGUGGGCAAGUGACAUUAAGCUGAAGAGGCCAACUCAAGAGAAAAGAAACUUAGUCCCAUCCUCACAUCUGAUGACGACAGCUGAGAACACCUCUGAGAGAACCAGCAAAGGAGACAAGGGUGCCCAUUCCCAGAGGGAGCCCCAUUCAGCUGUAUCCCAGACCUUCCAAGGAACAAAUAAUCCUCAGGGAUUGAGCGAGUCCAUGGGAGGGCCACGAAGGGCCCCAUUCAGGUUCAGAGAUGAAGACUCUUAUUCUGUUUUAUCAUUAAACACUGGAGAGGAAAAUGACGACACUGAAGAGGAAACCCACUUAGAGGAAGAACUUCUGUUGGCAGGUAUGCAAGCACCCUGUUCUUCUUCCAAUCGUAAGAGAAGUCGAUUUCCUAGGACACUGACCACUCAAUCCCAAAAUAAAACUCUUGACGGCGAUCCCAAGAAGUGCAGAGCUAAUUCUGUAAGAAGCGAGCUUAGCCGUGGCUCAUCAAGAGUAAGCAGUGCAGCGCAGCCAGUGACAGAGCAACCUUCUGUUGGGCAGAGGAGGUUCCAAGACCCUGGGCUGCUCAACGGGGAGUCCACUAAAGAGACUGACAGUGACGACAGUCAAAACAAGCAAAAGACCUUUCAUUCAUGGGACACCACAGCCGAACCCAGACAAGAUGAUGGUCUCAAUGCUGAAAGUGCACCUAAUGACUGUCCUUCUGCAGCAGAGCGGCCUGGUACCCAGGACUACGGAAGAGAUUGGCUGGACUAUUUAAACAGCUCCAGAAAUUCUUUUGACUACUUUGUUUCUGGUAGAACAGCUCCAAGAUCAUCAGUGAAUUCACCUUCUAACACAUCAGGAUCGUUAAUGCAUUCUGCUCUCAGAGAUGGUAUUUCAGUAGCCUUAUCAACAUCAUCUUCUUCAGUUCACAGUUCAGACUCAGAGGGAAACUCAAGAUAUAAUAUUCGUCGGCCACUGUCCCCCAUUAGAAACAGGCAUCCAUUUGCCAAUGCUGAAAACCACAGUGACUUUCCAGUAAACAAUGCUCAUGAACUUGAUGUCAGGGGAGCAGAAGACAAUACCUUAACAAACCAACCUCAGGGGGCUCCAUUAGAUUCAGAAAAUCUCUUACUGAAUCCUCGAGAUGGCUUGUCCUCAGUGAAUUCUUCCAGCUCCUCCCUAGCAGGAAUGAACUCUGACAUGCCUGGGUACCCACAAGAAAACAGACCUUUGGCUUUCUCUGCAGUGUCUGAUAUCCCGAAUCAAAAUGUUAGUGGGGACAGCACGGCAGCCUCUGGUUUCCCAGGUGAGAAGGAGGCCGCUAAGAAAAACGCAGAUCCUGAAAAACUCAAGAAACUUCAAGAAAGUCUGCUGGAGGAGGACUCCGAGGAGGAGGGAGACGCGUGUCGCAUCUGCCAGAUAGCCGGGGGGUCCCCCAACAACCCCCUCCUGGAGCCCUGCGGCUGUGUGGGAAGCCUGCAGUUUGUUCAUCAAGAGUGCCUGAAAAAGUGGCUGCAAGUGAAAAUAACAUCAGGAGCAGACCUAAGUGCUGUGAAAACAUGUGAAAUGUGUAAGCGAGGCCUGCUGGUCGACCUGGAGGACCUGGACAUGAACGAGUUCUACCAGAAGCACCAGCAGUCCCGGGCACAAAAUGAGCUGAUGAAUUCAGGCUUGUACCUGGUGCUGUUGCUUCACCUCUAUGAGCAGAGGUUUGCAGAACUAAUGAGACUCAACUACAGCCGGGUUGCGAGAGAGAGGGAAGCUGCGACCAGUGCUGGGAUGCCCUCCCCCAUGCGGAGGCAGCCAGUGGCCUCUGGCAAUGCAGGCCUACCCACCUGCCCCCAGCCUGCACACACCCCAGAUACUGACGGGCACCACUGA